AUGACAGCUGUCUCCUCGAACACUGCUGCCACUGCUACCGCUACUGCAAAAGCAAAAAUUGCGGCUGCUAAAGCACUGAGACAAAAGAACAAUGAAAACACAGCCAAAUUUCUGACCCUUGGUAUGGCUGGAAUAAUUGCUCUUUUCGUGAUCUUUCACUGGACUCGGAUGUUUUACAAACGCUAUGGAACUCGCCAAAGCCGCAGCUCAAGCGUUCUCAAAUUUCCCAUUGCUUUUACCAGGAGCUCUAGGCGCAUCCUCAUUCAAAAAGUUCCAGGUUUCAUCUCGGCGGGUCACGCUUUGGUAUUUCUUGGGUACUUGGCCACUUGUCUUAGCAUUUCAUUUGUCAACCUUGACUGGAUGACGUUGAAUAACCUUGCAAAGCGCUUGGGAUGGGUGGCCGUUGCUAAUCUCGCUUUUGUCAUUUUCCUCUCGUUGAGGAACACGCCUCUUACUUUCCUCACAGCCUAUUCAUAUGAGCGGCUCAAUGUCCUCCAUCAAGUAGCAGGCUACUCAACAAUAGCCUAUGCAAUGGCCCAUGCGGUGGUGUACAUCGUAGCUUGGUCCAAGUCGGAUAACCUCCACGAACUUCUAUACACGGUUCAGAUCUUCGGUAUUACGGCGGGUUUUGCCAUGCUCGUCAUCCUCGGAAGCUCAUUACUGCUCCGAAAGCUCCAAUACGAAACUUUCUAUAUCAUCCACAUCCUCAUGUCUACUCUCAUCCUCAUCACCGUCGGCAUGCACAGACCGGAUAUGACGAAGAAAACUCUAGUCAUUGUUACCUUCGCGGCCUCGAUCUGGGUUGUGGAUCGGAUCUUGAGAUUCGUAAAGUUCACAGUAUACAGCGUCGGAAACGCAGCCACGAUUACACCACUCCUUCACGGCGGGACACGUAUUGUUCUUCGCAAGACUCCAAUCGGGGCUGUUCCUGGCACCCACUGUUUCCUUUGGAUUCCGGGGAUUAGAGCAACAGAGUCUCACCCUUUUACAAUCAUUUCUACGAAUCCUCUUGAGUUUGUAGUUGCUGCUUAUGAUGGCUUCACUCGCGACUUGCAUGAACAUGCUUUGAAGAAUCCAGGCCAGGCCCUGAAGGCUUCAGUUGAUGGGCCUUAUGGAUCAGUGCCAGACUUCACGGCAUUUGACAAGGUCAUCUUCAUUGCUGGAGGAAGUGGUGCGUCCUUUACAUGUGGCGCUGCCGUGGAAACCCUGCGAAAGUUGGGAGAUUCAACAGCGACGGCUAUCGAGUUCAUCUGGGUUGCAAGAGAACAAGAAAUCAUUGAAUGGUUCACCAAAGAGCUAGAGCAACUACAUGCCUCGCCUCUCGUGAAUCUACACAUCCACAAUACAUGCCUCUCACGACCAUCAACCCUACGCAAGUCCUCGCUUUCUCUGGAAGAAGAAAAGAAGGAGUCAUCAACAUCCGAAUUGAUCCUCUCUCCAAGAGCUUCCGAAGACGUAGAUAUCGAAAAGGAACAUGCUUCUACUUCGUCUUCUCUCUACUCCUCUCUAUCAAUAAAUCAAGGGAGACCAGAUAUUGCGGCAAUUAUCACGGAUAUUGUAUCGAAAGCUGAUUCGUAUGAUAGGAUUGCGGUUGUUGCUUGUGGGCCGGAUGGUAUGGUACACGUUGCUAGGAAGACGGUGGCGAAGAAUAUUUGGGUUGACGGGCCGAGCUUGGAGUUGUAUUGUGAGCAGUUUGGUUGGUAGAUUCUUGCAAGUGAAAAUAAGGAUGCUUCCAAGGCAUGGGACGGAUUUCAACUUAUUUGAUCCGGUGUUGGGUGAUUCUGCACUUGACUUAUAGAAAAUAGAAGGCUGUCAUUGGAUCAUUGAGUGGAGUCAAGUGUAGAACGUGAUGCAAAAUUCAGAUGCAACUUGAUGCCG